CAUGACAACCGCAGUUGUUCAGGAUUGAAGAGCGGAUACCGUCAUGUGGCAGUAUCGGACAAUUGGCCUUUUGGCCUUAGUGUUGGUAGCAUGUGUUCAAGCGAGAGAAUCGCGUGCAAUCGAAAAGCGUGACAUCGGAGGCGGAAGAUCAUUCGCUUCCAGCAGCGCUAGCAGUUCGGCUAGUGCGAGCUCGUUUGGCGGUGGUGGCAGUUUCGCAAAAUCCGAUGCUCAAGCUGUUGGAAGUGCUUCGGCAGGUGCUCAGUCUUCAGCAGUGUCAAAUGCCGGUGGAUACGGAAGUGGCGCAGGUGGUGGUGGUGGUCAUGGCGGUUUUGGAGGCGGUGGCCACGGUGGUUUAGGGGGUGGCAGCGGUGGUUUAGGGGGUGGUAGCGGUGGAUUUGGAGGCAGUGGUGGUUUAGGGGGUGGCAGCGGCGGAUUCGGUGGUGGCAGCGGCGGUGGCCAUGGUGGACUUGGAGGCGGCAGUGGUGGAUUCGGUGGUGGCAGCGGCGGUGGCCAUGGCGGACUUGGAGGCGGCAGUGGUGGCUUUGGUGGUGGCAGUGGUGGAUUCGGUGGUGGCAGCGGCGGUGGCCAUGGCGGACUUGGAGGCGGCAGUGGUGGCUUUGGUGGUGGCAGUGGUGGAUUCGGUGGUGGCAGCGGCGGUGGCCAUGGCGGACUUGGAGGCGGCAGUGGUGGAUUCGGUGGUGGCCAUGGCGGACUUGGAGGCGGCAGUGGUGGAUUUGGUGGCAGCGGUGGUGGCGGCAGUGCGGGUGCUAAUGCUGGUGCUAGUGCUGGUGCUAAUACUGGAGCUAGUAGCGGUGGACACGGGGGUGGAUUUGGCGGCGGUGGUCCCGGUAGUGGUGGAUAUGGUGGUAGCGGCGGUUCUGGUGGAUUUGGUGGCGGUGGCAGUGGUGGUUACGGUGGCGGUAGCAGUGGUGGAUUUGGUGGCGGCGGCAGUGGUGGACUCGGACACGGAGGCAGCGGAGGCUACAGCAGUGGCGGUGGAGGAGUUGGUAAACUUAGUGGAGCUUUAGGUGGUGGUUACGGUGGAAGCGGAUCUAACGCCGGCGCUGGCACUUUUGGCGGAAGUGGUUCCGCAGGAGGUCACGGAGGCGGUGGCAGCGGAGGAUAUGGUGGUGGUGGUUCUGGCGCAGGUGGUUUGGGUAGUUCCGGUGCAAUAUCUAACGCUGGCGCUGGCAGUUUUGGCGGAAGUGGUUCCGCAGGAGGUCACGGAGGUGGUGGCAGCGGAGGAUACGGUGGUGGCAGCGGAGGAUACGGUGGUGGCUUGGGUGGUUCCGGCGCGGGUGGUGGUGGUAGUGGAGCUGGUGGUUAUGGUGGUGGUAUUGGUCCAGGAGGUGGCCUUGGAGGCGGCCAUGGCGGCGGUUUUGGAGGAAGUGCAGGAAGUGGAAGUUCAGCAAAUGCUGGUGCUUCCGCUGGAGCUGGAGGGUUCGGUGGAAGUGGCGGUGGCCGACCUGGUAAAUGGAGUGGUGGCGCAGGAGGCGGUGGACUAGGUGGUGGACUUGGAGGAAGUGCAGGAGGUGGUUUGGGACACGGAGGAAGCUUAGGUGGAGGAUACGGCGGAUCGGGAGGAUUUGGAGGUGGACUCGGAGGAGGCUUAGGUGGUGGACAUGGCGGAGCAGGAGGAUUGGGAGGUGGUUUAGGCGGUGGACACGGAGGAGGCUUAGGAGGUGGUUUAGGCGGCAGCGGAGGAGGUGGAUGUCUUGGAGGAUGUAUUGGCGGUAGUGGUGGAGCAAGUGCUAAUGCUCAAGCCAGUGCUAGCGCAAAUGCUGGCAGUGGCGGAUUCGGAGGUGGCGGAUUCGGAGGUCACGGAGGCUUUGCACACGGACCGGGAGUAGAUUUGUUCUCUCGUUCCGGUGGCGACGACGAAGGAGAGGUGAGCAAGAGCGGUAGCGUCGAGGGUGCUAAAGGUGUUUACAGCAGCAGUGCAGCAAACAUAGAUAGCACUGGUAAAGGUACUUACGCGGUCAAAGCCGGUAAAAUACCAGCGUAAAACGCGUUUUUUUGUUCCAUUUUUGCGUAAAAUUCAAUAUCACUUUUACUAAAAUUACCAAUUGAGAAGAGAGAGGAAGAGAGAGCACAACUGUGAUUAUAACUAUAUUUACGUGAAUCUCUAUAUUGAGAGAGAUUUUAGUUACUCUUUAUUUAUUUUCUAUUUGUCGAAAAUAAUGUGACACUUGAAAAAUAAAUAAUAUGUAAAACUUAUAUUAAAAACUUCUCUGUGCCUUUAGAUUUCAAUAAACAAAGUUGUUGAUAAAAACAAGAAUUCUGAGAACGUGAUAAAUGAUUGUUUUUGUCCAUUAAUCUCUCUUAUUUCUUAUCGCGUCUUAUCGAAAGCAAUUAUGUAAUAUCAUAUUGAACAUUAUUUUAUUCUCUCUCUGGAAAUAGCAAUUACGAAUUUUAAUCGUGGAAGUUGUGUUAAUUAAAUCUGGCCUCUAGAAUAAAUGGUUUUUUUUUUUUUUUUUUUUUUAAGCCUCUUAAAUACUCUAUCUUUUGUGUUUUAAAUAAUAUACAUAUAAUUUUACAACAAAAAACACAAUGUAUACUUGAGAAAUAUUAUCUACAUGUGCGCUGAGACUAUAAGCUCGCAAUAACCCGUACAAUCGCAGUAAUUGCGUGGACGUUUGUGUGUGUAUAUUUUAUCAUUUAAUAAAGCUAUCCGUUAGUAAUAAUAA